GAGAAACCACGGCCGACGUGGCGGCGCGCGGGGACUUUCCGCUCCGCCAUGCAAGCGCGCGCCAAGCCCCCGGGAUAGAGACGGGACGGACGGGCCCGUCUGACCGACGAACCUGUUCUCCCCGCAGCGGACGAACCCUCCUCGCUCAGUCCUCGAUCCCGGCCGGCCGGCAGAGAUCUCGCCGCCGUCGCGCGCUCUACCUGCGCCCCGCUGAUGAGUUCCGAGAGCGACUCCUUGGCCUCACGGCGGUCCAAGAAACCCAAGUAUUCCAAGUUUACCCAGCAGGAGCUUCCAGCAUGCAAGCCAAUGUUAACUCCUGGAAUCGUCAUCGGUGCUUUCUCGCUCAUCGGUGUCUUCUUCGUCCCGAUCGGCCUCGCUUCGCUAUCCGCGUCUCAUAACAUCGUUGAGGUGAUAGAUCGAUAUGACGCCGAGUGUGUGUCCGCCAACGACAAGGUCGGCUUCAUCCAGGACACCAAGACCGACAAGGCGUGCACAAGAAAGAUCACCGUGCCAAAGCCGAUGAAAGGGCCGAUACACAUAUACUACCAGCUCGAGAAUUUCUAUCAGAACCAUCGACGGUACGUGAAGAGCCGUAACGACAUGCAGCUGCGGAACAAGGGCGACGCGAGCACGAUCGCCAACUGCGAGCCCGAGGCCACCAGCGAGGACGGCGGCAAGCCCAUCGUGCCCUGCGGCCUCAUCGCCUGGAGCCUGUUCAACGACACCUACUCCUUCUCGCUCAACAGCAAGGCCGUCCAGGUGAACAAGAAGAACAUCGCCUGGGACAGCGACAAGAUCAAGAAGUUCGGCAGCGAUGUCUACCCCAGCAACUUCCAGAAAGGGGGGCUCAUCGGUGGUGCUAAACUGGACGAGAAAAUACCACUGAGUGAGCAGGAGGACCUGAUCGUGUGGAUGCGGACCGCCGCGCUCCCGACGUUCAGGAAGCUGUACGGCAGGAUCGAGGCGGACGCCAUGGCGAGCGACGAGAUCACGGUGGUGAUCCAGAACAACUACAACACGUACAGCUUCGGGGGCACCAAGGCGCUGGUGCUGUCCACCACGUCGUGGAUCGGCGGCAGGAACAACUUCAUCGGCGUCGCCUACGUCGCCAUCGGCGGCGUCUGCCUCUUCCUCGCCCUGGCCUUCGUCAUCCUCUACGUCAUCAAGCCAAGGGCGCUUGGAGACCCAUCGUACUUGUCAUGGAACAGAGAGAACCCAGACCAUCCCAACUGAGGGAAGGCUAGCUGCUAGACCUGCUCUCGGUCUCGUACAGUGUGUGCAGAGUGAAGAAGACUAUUUGCUGUGUUCAUUGUUGAUUUGUUUUGUCCAUAAGUUAAACGGAAUUAAUCUGAUGCGUGGAAUCAAGCAAAAUGUUGUGUUC